AUGGCGGCCGAGGGCUCGGACGGCGGCCUCUACUGCAGCACCUCCGGCACGUACUUCACGGACAAGGACGCCCUCACGCAGCACUACCGCAGCGACUUCCACAUCUACAACCUCCGUCGCAAGGUUGCCGGCCUGCCGCCCGUCACCAAGGAGUGGUUCGACGGCCGCAAGCACCAGAUAGCGCGCGCGGCGUCCAAAUCGAGUCCUGGGGCGGGCAAUCGCGUGUGGAUCGACCCUCUGACGCAGAAGAAGUUCUCCAGCGAGAAGACGUACGCAUCGUUCGUGAGGUCCAAGAAAUACAAACGGCUGGUGGCGGAGAGCGGGGGGACGGCGCCUGAGCCCAUUGUGGUGGAAAAGAGGGCGAAGGAGGGAGCGGACAGUGGGAACAAGAAAGCCCUGGGAGUGCACUCUCAAGGUGGAUACAGAUCAAAACCAACAACCUACAGGCCUGUCAAGGGUGAGUCUGAGGGGCCUGCAGCAACUCUGGAGGAUGCCAAGUCGGAUUCAGGUGAUAGCAGCUCAGAGUGGGAGACAGCGUCUGAUGAAGAUGCCGCUGUGAUGGAAGAUGGAAAGAGCGGCAAGGUGGACAAGUGGGAGGAGUGGAACGUGUGUCGCAGCCUGUUUGACAGUCACAGCAGUGCGACCUUUGACGACAACUUGGAGUACAUGUACAAGAAGUUUGGAUUCUUCUUUCCUGAUGCAGAACACCUCACAGACCCACAAGGCCUCCUCAAAUACUUGGGUGCCAAGCUCCAGCAUGGCUGUGUGCCCCUUUGGUCAAGAGGCGAUGACCCCAAUCCAAAGCGCUUCAGAAGCCUCCAUGCCGUGCAGCGACACAUGAUUGACACCAACAGGUGCAGAAUGCUAUUUGAGGACAACGAGGAGGAGUAUGAGGACUUUUAUGACCUAGCUUACUUGUAUGAGCCUGAAGGAGGGCAGGAGCUUGUCGCUGGGGACGAGGCUGGCCUUGGGACAGGUGGCUACGAGUUGGUGCUAACGGGUGAAGGAGGCAGGGAGAAAAUCGUUGGUACACGCGAGUUUGCACGGUACUACAAACAGAAACAUCGACCGACAGAAGCGAGAGAAUCCGUGCUCAUCAACCAGAUUGUGGCAAAGUACAGGUCCUUGGGUAUCCAGACGGCUUCGUCUCCAUCACCUGAAGAAAAGCGGUCAAGGCGUUCCGCCCGAAAACAUCAGGAGACGGUGCGCAUGCGAGUGGAGCUGCGAAGCAAUGUCAACAACCACUUGCCCAGAAACGUCCCCUAUUGA